CGCAAUAUCGUGGUAUUGAUAUGCGAUCCCUAAAUCUGCUAAGCCUAAUGGGGACUAGUCUACCGGUCGAGUCACGCCUGCGAUGCGAGCUCACAUGACUAGUCACAUGACCAGGAAAUUCGCAGUGCAGCUAUUCCGACACUGGAACCUCUCUAAAAACGCCAAAAACAGUGCUUCCCUCCCAUCGCAUACUAAUUUCCUAAUUGGGCCUAGUCCCAAACCUCCCAAACGCUCAGUGUCCCUCCCGUUCAAUAUUCCCAUCCAAUAUUCCCAUUUCCCCCCGUAUGCCCCAUUUUCCACUAAUGUAUCCAUUCCUCCCAUUCCUAGUAUACCCAUUCCUCCCAUUUAGUAUGCCCAUUCGCGUUCAACCCACUCCUGUUCGCUGUAAACCUUGGAAUCGUCCGAAUUUAGCGAGGGUAUAGGUGGA